UACCAAAAUAGGUUGGAUGUGGUAUUUAUCCUUUCACUUAUCUGUAUUGCAGGAUUUUGGGAGUGAAGAUGAACGGCGAAUAAAUCAGAGGUAAGUUUACUCUCCGUUUAGUUUGGCCCUUCUGUUGCAUGGUACGCGGCGAAGCAAGUCAGACUUUAUACGCAGGUGUUGUUGACUGAUUGACUGCAUCUGUCUUUGAGUCACUUGGUGAAAUCCUGAGAGGCGGCAGACUAACUGGCAUCAACAGAGGAGGACGACUGAGCGUCAGUGUAGUAAAACACCUGUCUGUCUCGAACUAAAGAUGAAAUGUUGCACUAUGUCAUAUUUAGACUUUGGUGGCAGACAUUUUGGUAGAAACAAAUUGAUGAUGUAAAUAGUUAAAGCCCUAGUAUGUACGGUUUUGUCAGUUUUCCGUCUCUCUGGGGCAGUUUCAGUGUUAUGACAUCUAUUUCAAAAAGAAAGAAUAGGCAAUUUUGGCUUUGUAAUCACAUGAUGUUCACCAAGCAAUGUUUUUUUUGUUUUUUUGCAGACUUAAAGGUUUCUUUCUUAUUGUUAUCUUCCAAUAAGCAUUCAUAAUGCAUGUACUUAGAUUAAGCCAGUGACACCCACCAGAGCUAUUGUGAGCCCACUGCAGUGAAGUUGUUAACUGAAGAGACACUAGCUUUUGUAAGAGCCUCCAUGUCUUUUGAUGCCACAUAUAAUAUCGCCUUGACAAGACGGUGACAAUGAUGACAAAGUAGGUCUGUGAAUAUGCAGUUUGUUGUUUGCUUUUGUUGUAUUUGUGAUUUCUAAAUCUUUAUUGCCCAAAAAGUCACUUGAAUAAUUGUGAAGUGGAUGAAAAGCGAAAAUGCGUCAUUCCAAGAGUUGAAUUUCUUUUCAGUUAUGCAACAGCCUUUAUCCCCAAGCAAUGCAUGCGUGUUUGAGAAUGAUCUAUGCAUGAAGCGGGUCCCGUCUUGCCUCAGCAUUGCUUGAGGGACUGGUAAGACACGCUAUGCAAUGAAAUUAGCAGAUUAAGUUGUCUGUUAGUUGACUCUUUAGAUCAGGGUGUACUGAUCUCGUUCAAAAGAUAAAUAGCUCCAUCUGUUGACGGACAGCCGCUCGACUGCCAAGUGGGAGUGUUCGCACUUUCUGUUCCCAACUGGCCUUGAUAACGAUGUCAAGCCGAAGGGGCUCAUGGAGGCCAACAUCGUGCAGGUGUCAGUGGCUCUGAACCAAGGAAUGAUUUCAUCUUUCCAUCGUGUACACAGCAGAGUUGGGCAAUAUGUCCAAUCGGUGAAACAUGUGUGCGUUUGUGAGUAGAUGAGGGAUUCAGCAUGUAGGGUAACACGAAGAAUUAUUAGCGUGACACAUUUAAACUCACCGCAACACUUUCUCACUCAAAUAGCAUGCUUGUCAAGACUGGUAGUGAUUUAUUGCCAUAAUGAGUCAAAGUGCUGCCUCUGGAUUUGAGUAAACAAUAUGUGUGGACAGGAGAAACUGCAGCAGAAGCAUCGCGUCUGGGUCUUUAUUGUAGGUUGGUCUUUCCUCAGUGACACGAUGACGUCAUUUGCUUCCUGCUCGGGGCCAUUCCGUGUCUCCACUGACACCUGAGGAGGUUCGUCUGUUCCUCCCUCUGUCGCUCCGUGAUGUAAGCAAGAGAAUGGCAGCGUUAUGCAACUGGCAGCUCCAACAGGAGGUGUGUGCAAAACACUCUGAGACCAUAAAUAAACUAAUGUGGUUACUGCCUCCGAGGAGCCUUUUUGUAGCGAGUCCUCGGUUGUUAUCCAGCGCACCUCCCUCACACACAAAUGUGGUUCAGAGCCGUGGCUUGGAGUGUUCAUCUGGUCGCGUAACUCUGUGAAGCGCCGUCAUUCCUGUCCGCUGCUUCUAACGCUUGACCUCAUGUGCAGAGGAGGUUCCCAUCUACAUGCACCUGACACACUGAGGUGGAUAAGUUUCCACCUGGAACACGACUGAACGCACAUCAGCUCGUAGAGCGCAGUGUCUGCUGGUGACCAGGUGUUAUAGACAUUGUCCCGUUGACGAGAACAAUAGGAGAGCUAUCUUGAUAUCUGUGUCGCAGAGCUAUUGUCAACGUCUGUCAGCAAAUCCUCCCAGAUUAACCGAGUCAUGCCACCUCAUUGUGUGUGUGUGUGUGUGUGGAGGUGUGAAUGCUUAGUGAGAAGGAAAGUUGCAGAUGUAUUGACAUAAAGGAUAUCAGCCUUCCUAGUUAACCAUUAAUCAUAAUAGUCUCUAAUACAAACACCUUGUUGUUUGUCUGUGGUGCAUCUCGAGAGAGUGACAGUCAGUGCUGGCCACUUUAAGGUGAGCGAAAAGAUAAGCCCUCCCUUAUAAGCCUGGGUAUAAUGAGAUUUGGGGGUUUGGGAGAUUGCCAGUUCUCACUGCCCUUUCCACCAAUGCUUGGCCCGUGUGUUCAGCUCCCUGGAGGCACUACCUUGGAUUCUGUUGACCCUUAAAGUGGCAUGCACAUGGAGACAUCUCCUGAGGACGUUUUGGCCAAAAUUCCUCCAUCUGUUUUUUUUGUCUUCCUCCAAUUGAAUAACUGGUCUUGCUUUUGGAGAGACUUUUUUUUGUUUGAUAGCAACACAAACUACUGGAAGUGACAUGUUUUGCUUCGGCUAAAGAGUCUUUUUUUUGCUCAUGUGUUGAAAAGCAAAAGAAAGCAUGUCGUUGCCUUUUGUGUCUCUUAAGUAAAGUGUAGGAGAGCUUAUCAUGACAGUCAGUCUUGGUCUUCUUGCGUGCGUGCGGUGUGAAUGUGUAAUCUACAGUGAACUGUAAAAGAGUGACAGAUAAAAACAGACUGAAGGCACAGUUCUGCAGCAGCGGGUGGAGACUGCAGUGCGUUCCUUCAGGCAGGAGUCUGAAUCGCACCCAAACACACGGAGACUCUCAGAUGAGGGAGGAGAAGGAAACAGAAGGAGUGGCAUCCGAACAGACGGCCCUUCUUCACUGAGCGGCACAGAUGAGUGCAGCCUGUCAGUCAAUCAGUCAGAUGCGACGGGCCAAAAAACCUGAAACCUUGCUUUGCCCUUCACCGUUUCUGGAGGCAGAUGAAGAGGAAGUAGCUACCGGAGGAGAGGCGUGGGCUUCCUACCGGUCAACAGGAUGCACCUGGUUGUAGAACCCAUUCAGGAGGCCGUGAUGAAGAUGCUCCCGUAUUUUGUGGAAAACGCUGUGUUGACCCAGAGUGAAAUAAAGCGCAUCCUGAGUGAGAGCUUCUUCAUGGUGAAGGGUGCUGCUCUCUUCCUGCAGCAGGGGAGCAGUCACCAGGGCCAGAAAGCACAUCCUCACACCAAACACGCAGGCGACUUACCUCAACACUUGCAGGUGAUGAUAAACAUUCUUCGCUCGGAGGACAGAAUCAAACUGGCGGUGCGGCUGGAGAGUGCAUGGUCAGAGCACGUGCGGUACAUGGUGGUGGUGUACACCAGUGGGCGACAAGACACAGAGGAGAACAUCCUACUGGGAAUCGACUUUACCACCAAAGACUGCAAAAGCUGUUCCAUCGGCAUGGCGCUACCUCUGUGGAGUGACACAAAGAUCCAUCUGGAUGGAGACGGCGGCUUCACUGUGAACACGGCGAGCCGGACUCAUGUCUUCAAACCCGUGUCAGUGCAGGCCAUGUGGUCAGCCCUGCAGGUGCUGCACAAAGCAUGCGAGGUGUCACGCAGGUACAACUACUUCCCUGGAGGCAUGGCUCUCACCUGGAUGGGCUACUAUGAGAGCUGCAUCGCUUCAGACCAGAGCUCCAUCAACGAGUGGAACGCCAUGAAGGACUUGGAGACCACGCGGCCUGACUCGCCCACCAUGUUUGUGGACAAGCCUUCAGAGAGAGAGAGGACAGGGGGCCUUAUUAAAGCCAAACUCAGAAGCCUCAUGACGUGUCAGGACCUCGAGAAUGUCACCUGCAAACAGAUCCGUACAGAGCUGGAACAACACAUGAGCUGUAACCUGCAGGAGUACAAAGAGUUCAUCGACAAUGAGAUGCUGCUGAUCCUGGGCCAGAUGGACAAAGCCACGCUCAUCUUUGACCACGUCUACCUGGGAUCGGAAUGGAAUGCAUCUAAUUUGGAGGAGCUGCAAGAGUCAGGGGUGAGCUACAUCCUCAACGUUACCAGGGAGAUAGACAACUUCUUUCCAGGAACAUUCAGCUAUCACAACAUCCGCGUCUACGAUGAAGACGCCACCGACCUGCUGGCUCACUGGAAUGAGACGUACAACUUCAUUGUUAAAGCAAAAAAGAACCGCUCCAAGUGUCUAGUUCACUGCAAGAUGGGUGUCAGUCGGUCUGCCUCCACUGUCAUCGCGUACGCCAUGAAGGAGUUCGGCUGGUCGCUAGAGAAGGCUUACAACUUUGUCAAGCAAAAGAGGAGCAUCACAAGACCCAAUGCAGGCUUCAUGAGGCAGCUGGCCGAGUACGAGGGCAUCUUGGAUGCUAGUAAACAGCGUCACAACAAGCUUUGGCAUCCAGACGCAGACUGUGAGAUGGGAGAGGGGCAGCAGGGCUUGGCUCAGUGUUGUGGAGGAGAGGAGGGCGACCACCUGACUCCAGAGCCGGGCAUGUCUCCCUGCUGUGAGGAGGCGCUGUCUGAUAAGGGGGCUGCAUGUCCCUCCCCGCGCAGGGCUGUUGCACUGGAGGUCGACCCCGCCUACAACAACUACUAUUUCCGCCGACUGUCUGACUCGGCACUGGACAGCGAACCAUCGACGCCUGUGCGUGGCCCUCCCCUUGUCGGGAUGGAGAAGGUCUUUAUAGAAAUCGAGGAUGUGGAGCGCGACGCUCUGCUGGAUGAUGAGGGCUUUGACGGGCGUGAAGGCCCGCCGCUCCCCCAAUGUGGACCUUCAGCAGAGGGGGCCGCAGCCCAGACGAGCUCUCGGGGGCCUGAGCCCCUGGAGGAGCUGCGUCUGAGGCUGGAGUUCAGCACAGUGGAGGAGGAGGAUGAGGAGGAGGUGCAAAAGGAGGAGGCAGAGAUGGAGGUGCUCAUGCAACCAGAUGAUGGCGGUGGGGAAGGAGGCGGAGGAGAGGAAAAGCAAGAUGUGGAGGUAGAAGGGGAUACAGAGGGUAACGGGAUGGACCUGGCAACCCUCAAUGAAAACUCCAACAAUAACAACCAUUUGAGCGCUCCACCUAACCUCAAUGAAAAAGCUUCCCCCCUUCCUCCUCCAGUUGAUGCUUCUACGCUGUCCUGCUGGGAUUCUAAGUCCAAACUGAAAGAAGACAUUCCACCCCUGGUUUCCAAGCUUUGCCUUAACCCCAGUCCUCCUGAAGUUCCAAGUGCUUCGUUCCCACUGUCCCAAACCUCUUCUGAAGGCCCCGCAUCUUCAGUGGUACUGCUGGGCCCCUGCGGCCCUCUGUGUGACUGUGCCAACUGUGCUGAUUUCUCGCCCACAGCUCUACUUGACAGAGAGGAGCAGCCAGGAGACUCGCUGCACUUCCCGGAGCAGAAGAACGACGGUGGUUUAUUGGAAGUCAAGACUACGAGUCAGACAAGUACAUCCGCAGCUGCCUCAGCGGCUCUCCCUGAGCUGAUGAGAAUGGACUCGGAGGAAGAGAAGCUUGCCGUGGCUUGCUGCGUCGGCCAACAACAGGAACCCCUGCUGCAGCUGCAGAUAUCCGGACUGGUCCGCCGGCGUGCAGAGAGACUAGAGCGACUUUCAGGUUUAUCCCAGGAGAGCUUGCUCUCUGUGAAGCCUUUGCACGCAUGCCAAAGUUCUGAAAACAGCCCUUUUCCCACAGAGGAGGAAGAGAAGUGCUCCAGCUUCACCGGAGACUUCCCUAAAUCUUCUACACCACGCCAAGUGUGGUUGGAGCCACUGGUGGUGCCACUGACCAAUGAAGCCUUGUUGGGGGUGGUGGGGUCUGGGCUGCUCACGCCCACCUCCUCGCCUCACGGCUCCACACUGACACGCAGCUCCAGCAGUGACAGUCUGCGCAGCGUGAGGGGGAAACCCGGCCUCGUGCGUCAGAGGGCGCAGGAGAUCGAGACCCGCAUGCGCCUGGCAGGCCUGACUGUGUCCUCGAGGCUGAAGCGGUCCAACUCGCUGGCCAAGUUGGGCAGCCUCAACUUCUCCUCGGAGGACCUGUGUUCAGUCUGUUCCUCAGACGCAGGAACACUACUGCUCCUCUCGCUGUCCCCAGAGCCGGGCCUGGACUGGGAAUCCCCCACCACCUCUGCUGCGCCUCGGCCCUUUAAGGACCUGCACACUCCAGAGAGAGGACGACCAGGUGAGCCCAGAAGCUGACAUAUCAAACGGAGGAUGUGUACACUCCACCCAUCCCCUCGUCGGUCCCCCCCGUGUUGCUGGAUAGUUGAGUCAAAGGAAACUAAUGAAAACAAUAGAAAACAAUGCCAACUGUUGUUAUAGUGUCCACUCUCCUUUGCCACAUUGUUUCUCAAACUGCUGUUCACAGUGAUGAAAAUCAUAUUGCUGUAUCUGACAAAGUGUAUAACGCCAUCAGUUCACCUCUAACUUUGUUUGAUUCAUGGACAAACAAGUGCCUUACCUAUGAGACCAUAGGCACAGAGCUGUGUGUUGGACUGCAGGAGGAGACGGUACAAGACGCUCUAUAACCUUUACCUUCACAGCGGUUGGUACCGGAUAUUUACCAAAUGAUGGUAUCCAUUGGCACUGAGAUUAUUUUUACCUGUCUCAUACAAAGUGGUAGCCUACGUUGACAGAAAGCAAAGUGUUAAUAAAUGUAGAGUUGUUUACCGCACACUUAAUGUUUUAGAUGCUAGAGGGGUUUUAAGAUGAAUGGUUACCUCAUGUUGCAUUCAUGGAGCUCCUCAGUUCAUUCGCUGAUGUCGAAUUAAAGUGAGGAAAUCAGUUUUGAGGUGUGUGAUAAUGCAUUGCUGUGAGUCUGUGAGUGAGUGAAUGGGAUCAAAGUGAAGAGAGAAGGUUGUGACUUUGUUUUGCCAGAGUCACACUCACUGUUUUCAACAAACGUUUCAGAGUUUGUUGUUCCUUUGCACUGCUUUUUUUUUUUUUUAAAUAUUGAGUGGACACAAGCAAGCUAUCUUCCAAAAUAACAUCAGAGUAAUGUUAUUGACCUCAUCAUUCCCUACAAUGUUGUUGGGAGAGCGAAGUGAGGAGUCGUGUUGCAUGGCUUGAAAUCGCCCAGUGUGACAGAAACUGAAGAUUUAUAGCAGUCGAAUCAUAUAACGUAUGUGGGGCUAAAGUUAGGAACAUGAAACAUUUUACAUCCAAAACUUCCGUUACUUUAAAUUCGCUCACCCUUGAGGAUUGCCAACAUUUUCAACUCAUUUGUGCUUUUUGAAAUGUGUAAGACCAAAGUCCUUUGGCUGUCUCGACAAAUUGAAAACACCAUUGAAGCUGUACAAAAUAUGUGCACCAUACACAUAUCUCACACACACACACACACACAUCUUUUUGCACCUUCUGGGAGGAUUGAAAGAGACUCUGUGUAGUCAUCGGGCUCAUAGCUGUUAAGUUUUUAUGCUCCGCUCAUCAGUGAGUCUGAAAGCUUUUGUGACACGGACUCGACGAUCACGAUCGGUUACUUCACAGUUUUGUAACCGUUUUCUUUUUAUAUUUAAGUAUGCAGUAACUUUUGUACUGUACAAUGCUGUAGUUUGAAUGCAUAUUGCACUUUUUAUGUUGGUCAAAAUAAUGUACUGUAUUUGUUAAUUAUGGAAAUAAACAUUUCUUUUACAUAAUAAA